ACCAUAUACGUCAUUCACUGGAAACAACCCAGGCAGGCGUCCUAGGAGUUCGAGCUAGCAAGAGAUUUUUUAACAAGGUUUUGUGUGAUGGCAGCGCGCGUUGUGGCGGAAUGAUAAAAUAGGAUGGGAGGCUGCAUAGGCAUAACAAGGGCUAGAAACGGCUCUGUUGACGACACGUCGGGCAACUCUACGAGGACAAAUUCAGGUAAUUCAAGAAAAAACCAUCCACUUUGUCACGAAGUGAUCAGAUGGAAGUCGGAUGUUCCUUUGACCGAGGGUCAACUCAGAAGCAAGAGAGAUGAAUUUUGGGAUACCGCGCCAGCUUUUGACGGGCGCAAAGAAAUAUGGGACGCCUUAAGGGCUGGCGCGACCGCGGCUGAGGCCCAAGACUAUCAGUUGGCACAGGCCAUUUUGGACGGAGCUAAUGUCUCGGUGCCUAAUGGAUAUUUAACUGAGUGUUACGAUGAAUUGGGAACUAGAUAUCAGGUUCCGAUUUACUGCUUGUCAUAUCCAAUAAAUAUUGUUAAAGAAGACAGUGGUAGAGAUUCGCCAGCUGACUGUUCUGAGCCCGUCGACGGAGGCACAGAAAUGACUUUGAAACUUAGGCUGUCUACAACCCUAGGAGAUGUUAAAUUACCCGUUUAUAGUAAAGACACGAUAGGAGCUGCCAAGAAAAAGUUGCAGAGUCAAGAAGGUCUGGAACCAUCGAGGCAAAGGUGGUUUUUUGGCGGAAAACUACUUGGAGACAAAAUGCACAUAGAAGAAGCUAAGAUUCAACAAAGUUACGUAAUACAAGUAAUUGUAAAUCCGGAAAAAAUUGACACAAGCCCUACAAAAACUAGUUGAACUCAACAAAUUGUAUAUGGGAGUUAAGUGACGCUAACUUUUACUGCGAAAAAGAUCUUUAAAGGACAUUCCUUAACACAGACUACUAAAGUUCAACGUGUCUAUUCAGUGAUGAUUUCUGUACUACUCUUAUCAUUUCCUUAUGUUUUUAUAUUAUUUUUCGAUUAACGUACGGUGCCACAGUUGGUAACAUUCCAGGUUUUUUAUAAGGAAGUUUCUACUACCUUUACAAUCAAAAAUCAGAAUAGAAAAUAAACAUCUUUGUAGAAUGCAAAAAUGUCAUAUAUAUAAUAAUGAGAUAUGCCUACAUACUUGGAUAAUUUUGAAAUUUUACGCGCAGGUCAGGGGAGUAUUUAGAUUGAACUAGAAACAGUAUAGCGUAAACUUGUACUGUUUGGUAACUGAAUUGAUUAGUUUUGCGACAUAAUUAUGUGCUUGAUGAUAAUCGAGUUUGUAGAUCGACUGAAAUGUAACCAAGUGUUUCACCAGUACAGAACACAUUUAAGCAGGCUGUGUUUACUUUUUAUGGCAGAGCUUUGGAAUUUUUUCUUAACAUUUUAUUCUUCAAGUAUUGAAUCGAUAUAGUGAUAUAAAAUAGUAUCUCAUUUCCAGCUCAAAUCAACACAACAAACUUUAUCUUUGAUACCAUGGCCUAGUGAGAAUUCUAGUUAAGACUUGGUCAAAAGACUUACGUUUAAAAAUAGACCGUUUGCUCCUUCUUACAAGCAUAUUAAUGUAUAUUAUUGUACUAUUUUUUAAACUAAAUUCGAAGGCACAGAGUGAAAGUUUUUUGAGAAUCGCACAAUGAAUGUGAGGAAACGUUUUUAUGUUGCUGAAUUAGUAUUGAGGUAGAAAUCGAACUAGUCGACAAAGUUUUGAUACACGCGUGAAUGUAUGUAUAUUUUUUUUUGAAGUAGUAAAGUACUUCUGAUCAAAAGAUUUUGAAGCGCAUACACACACGUCACACGUUUGCCAUAAAGAUCUUUGUACACAAUAACCAGGUGAAUAGCGAGCUAGAAGCCUAAUUUUUCACUUGCAAUUUUUUAAAAUCCUUUAAAUUUAGCUACAUGGUGUCUCAAUCAAAAUGUCACGGCUGAAAAUUUUUGGAAAAGACCAGCUUUAAUGCUGACUUAGUUGAAGCAAAUACUCUGUCCAUCUCUCUGUAAACGAAUGAAGCUAGACAAUGUUGGACAGGACUCGAUGCUUCAAUUUCUUUGUUUUCAGUCGUUAUUCAGCCUGAUUUCGUUUCUUCUUUCGCAACUUACAUCCCGAAUACACCAAUAUAGAGUAAUGACGUUUUUCCCGAUCGAUGAUUUCGCGACGAUCAAUUCAACUAAUAUACAUAUACAUAAUAUGACCAUCCUUCACAAACUGGGCGUUUAUAUAAUAUAUUUAGGCGUAUGUAUUUUAAUUUAUAAAUUACCAGCAACAACUAUAUAUUAUAUUAUUAUAUAAAUACGGUAAUUAGAAGACAGUUUAAUAUAACUCAGUUUGCGAAAGAUUUUUCAAUACCUAAUUAACUACGACUUUAAUAUAUGCGUGUACAUAUUUCAUAUUUUAUGCAUUUCCUUAAUGUAACUACCUGCCAGUUUAAAUUAUUUUGGUAUCGAACGAGGUAUUUACCAAGAUUAAAAUUUGGUAAUAUGCGAAGUAUUGUGGUUUGUCUGGCUUCUUGGGUCAGUAUCGCCAAGUAUCAAUAUCAUUUUCAAAUAGAGUAGACAAAUUGUAUGAAAAACAUUUAAGUGAAAGAGAAACGCACUCCUUCAACUUCUACAAAUCUCGUAUAGUGGUGAAAAUUAUGCAUAAUAUUGGACAUUUUACUUGACAAGGUCUUUGUAAAAUAAUGACUUCAUUGCUGAUCCAACAUUACAAAUCUAACUGAACGAUUACGCAAGAAAUUUUUGACUAGCAAUCAACAAAGAGCGUUGUAAAUCUUGAAAAUUUUUAGUGCCUCGAAUUACCCUGCAGACAAUAGAAGAAUAGACUUAACGAAAAAAAAAAAAAAAUUUCCGUUCACCUUAGUUUUGUGAUAAACUAAGUGCUCUUUGAAAGUCUGCGUAGUUCAGUAAUAAAAAAAUCAAUUCUCUUUGUAAUGAAAAUAAAGGUAGUUUCGCAUUUAUGUACUGUAAUAUAUUUCAUAACUAUCAAUUAAUAACUUUUUCAUAGUUCAACUUGUAAAUGCGUAAACAAAUUUAGUCAGACUGAUGCAACUAUAAUGAUGAAAAAAAAUUCGAAAAAAAUAAACAAUAUAUUUAUCACAGAAGUCUCAUACAAAGAAAAUUAGUCCUUGGAUUAUAAAAUUUUCCUGUUAAGGAGUCUUUUAUAAUGUUUUUAUAACUCAUUACAAGAUGAAUGCUAUUCAUUCAAAAUAGAAUCUGCAUUCAAAUUUUUUCAAGCAAUUUGCAAACUUUAUGUGACAGUUAUAGCGUAUGUAAAAGGAGGGAACCUUGCAAUCAUUACACAGCCAUGUUACAAAAAUACUCUUAGAUAUGUUGCGUUUUGUAAGGAAGCAACGACCACGCAACAAGAGACACGUUGAGAAUGUAAAUAUAAAAAGUGUAACAAUUUAAAAGUGCAAUUUCUAUAGCAUGUGGUGAUUUCAUCACGCAAAUGAUGUUGCCACAUUGGACCAAUGUGUAUAAGAAAACAAUUACAAGAAAAAAAAUUGAUUAAAAUAAAUUACAAAAGGAACAAAAACUCUAUGAUGAAGUAAUUUAGCGACCGAUUGGAAAUGACGAACUUAGUGUAACUGCUGAUGAAAUUGAGUGAUUUCGACAUCGAAAUUGGGGUUACAAGUCUAGUAAUCGAAACCUCUGAAGGAAAAGAACGUUUUUUGAAAGAGUCAAACGGUAUAUACAUAUAUGACGCAGCGAUAAAUUCUAAUUAAUUAGAUAGCAAAUAAAUCUUGAAAAUUUACAUUUUCUUAAUGAAAAUUAACGUCAUUCACACACAUAUGUAUUAAAUAUCCUAUCAAGUCCAUUCAGUGAAAAAUUUAUUCUGAAAACAAAAUUAAAUAAAUAACAAAUGUUAAAAAUAAAUAUCAAACUAACUCGGUUUAUACUAUGUAAGGCAAUAUUUUAAUGUUUGACAAAAUUAUAUAGAAUUCAAAUGUUGUAUUAUUUAAGAACAAAAAAUAAAAAUAAAAGAAUUAAAUACG